UUCCUUCAAUAAACAAAUAGAAGCGAGAAUAUAUUAGAUGGCAAAAGCUUGUUUGAAGAUGGUGUUACUAUUUUUUGUGGCAUCACAUUGCAUCUUACUAUCAAUAGCAUUAUCAUGUGUAUCUAAUGGAGACUGUUUACAUUAUGGAUGCGACAUAGGAAAUCAUCCUAUUUGUUCUAACAAUGAAUGCACAUGCGUACCAGAUUCACUAGAUGCAGUACACUAUUGUCACAAUGAUAAUGAUUGCAAACCUCUUUGUCCUCCAAAUUGUGGAAUUACAAAUUGUAUUGGUGGAAGAUGUAUUUGUAGCUGUUAAACCAUAUCAUUUAACACACAA